AUGGACACGCUUUUCUGCUGGUUUGCUCCCAUAAUUAUUGUUGUGUUAUCUUCUUUCUCAGAGCAGAUCGUCUCGUUCAACGAGUCCGUGAGAGAAGACCGAGGAGGUUGGGCAGAGCUAUGUUCAAGUACGACUCCCUCGGGAAAGAUCCGGGAAAUCACGGCAGGCGAUAAUAUCAACCCGGCUAUCAACUCAGAGAAGGUUGUGGGACUACGAAGGCAUGCUUGUUCAAACCGUCUGGUUGCGAUCCAAAUCUCGACUGUACAAUCGGUUUGA